GCCACAUAAAAAGGUAAAAGAAGAAUAAGGCCUAACUAAGGUUAGGUGCUGUCCAUUGUGCUGUAUAUUUGUUUUGAGUUUUGAUUUAAGUCAAAUUUCUUUAUACCUAUUUCUGAACGAAAUACAAUUAAAAAGCUUACUUUUAAUAUCUUAGAGACACAAUGACUGCAUUUGAAGAAUUUGGAGUUCUUCCUGAGAUUUCUAAAGCUAUAGAAGAACUGGAAUGGACUUUACCAACUGAUAUUCAAGCUGAGAGUAUACCUCUUGUAUUGGGAGGUGGUGAUGUUCUAAUGGCAGCAGAAACAGGAUCUGGUAAAACUGCAGCUUUCUGUCUACCAAUCAUUCAAAUUGUAUGGGAAACUCUUAAGGACAUAGAGAGUGGCAAAGCAAAAUCAUCUGUUAAAGUUUCACCACCUUGGACCAUGUCUACCCAUGAUCGCGGAGCUGCCUUAGCAGUAGCCCCCGAUGGAAUCCGUGUUCAGUCACGUGAACAAAAAGAAUGGCAUGGUACUCGGUGUACCAGAGGUGUUUCAGGUGGCAAAUGGGGUUUUGAGGCUACAGUAACUGAUGAGGGACUUUGUAGAGUUGGUUGGUCAACAAUAAAUGCUUCUUUGGACCUUGGAACUGACAAGUUUGGUUUUGGUUUUGGUGGAACAGGCAAAAAAUCAAACAACAGACAGUUUGAUAACUAUGGAGAGGCAUUUGGAAAGAAUGACGUGAUAACAUGCCUCAUAGACUUGGAUUUAAAGGAAAUAAAGUUUUUGAAGAAUGGAGUAGACCUAGGAGUAGCUUUUGCCAAUAUUCCCACUAAUCAACCUUAUUUUCCUGCUGUAGUUUUAAAGAAUGCAGAGAUGGCUUUUAAUUUUGGUGACAAACCUUUUAAGCACAAUUUGCCUGAUAAAUAUCUACCUUUGGUAUCUGCCCCCAAAGGUAAAGUUAUUGUUAACAAUAAUGGAAAUGUUAAUAGUACAGAAGGCGUAGUUAAAGUUGUAAAUAAUGCACCACAAGCAAUAAUAAUUGAGCCCUCAAGAGAACUGGCUGAACAGACUCAUAAUCAGAUAAAACUAUUUAAAAAGCACAUCAAAAACCCUUCAUUGAGGGAAUUAUUAGUUAUAGGAGGCGUUAAUGUCAAAGAACAAAUAUCUUUCUUGCAAAGCACAGGUGCUGAUAUAAUUGUGGGAACUCCGGGGAGAUUAGAGGAUCUUAUUCAAGGUGGAUAUUUAUCACUAUCAAACUGUAGGUUCUUUGUACUUGAUGAAGCUGAUGGAUUACUCAAGCAAGGUUACACAGAUUUGAUAGAAAGACUGCACAAGCAAAUGCCAAAAAUUACUGCUGAUGGUAAAAGACUUCAAAUGAUCGUCUGUAGUGCUACAUUACAUGCCUUUGAGGUGAAGAAAAUGGCAGAGAAAUUGAUGCAUUUCCCUACAUGGGUGGAUCUAAAAGGUGAGGAUGCUGUACCAGAGACUGUGCAUCAUGUUGUGGUCAAAGUAGACCCACAAAAUGACAGAAUGUGGGGGAAUUUAAGAAGGCAUAUUAUGACAGAUGGUGUCCAUCAACUGGACAAUGUCAGACCAGGUAAUAACACCCCUGAAACUCUCAGCGAAGCAGUGAAGUUGCUCAAAGGCGAGUACGUCCUCAAGGCCAUUGAAGAGCACAAUAUGGACAGGGCUAUUAUUUUUUGUCGUACAAAGCUGGAUUGUGACAAUCUGGAGAAGUAUUUGAAGCAAAUUGACAAGCGGAAAUAUUCUUGCGUGUGUCUGCAUGGCGACAGAAAACCAAAUGAGCGAAAAGCUAACUUGGAAAUGUUCAAAAGGAAUGAGGUUAAAUUUUUAAUAUGUACUGAUGUUGCUGCAAGAGGGCUGGACAUUUCUGGACUACCUUUUAUGAUAAAUGUUACAUUACCCGAUGAAAAGUCAAAUUAUGUGCAUAGAAUAGGUAGAGUUGGCAGAGCAGAAAGAAUGGGAUUGGCUAUAAGUUUGGUUAGCACUGUUCCUGAAAAGGUGUGGUAUCAUGGGGAGUGGUGCAAAUCCAGGGGCAGAAAUUGUUGGAACACCAACUUGACUGAUGUCAAAGGUUGUUGCAUGUGGUACAAUGAACCUCAGUACCUAGCUGAUAUAGAAGACCAUCUGAAUAUUACCAUUCAACAAAUUCAGCCUGAUAUGAAAGUACCAUCUGAUGAAUUUGAUGGAAAAGUAGUUUAUGGACAAAAGAGGCAACAAAUGGGAUCAUCCUAUAAGAAUCACACUGCCCAAAUGGCUCCCAUAGUGAAGGAUUUGUCUGAGUUGGAGAAACAUGCCCAAAUACUGUAUUUAAAGAGGCAUCUCACCAAAGCAUCCAGAGUUGUUUAAGUAAUAUGUAUAUAUAUUUUUUUUUAAAUUAUACUAAUUCUCAUGUAAUCUACUUUGACAAGGAAAAACUUAAAAAACACUUUUAUUACAAAA